GGAUCGCAUUUUAUAUGUAAGAGUGUGAACAUCAUGUAUAUAAUAAUUUAAAUAAAAUAUACAAUGCUGCUUUCUAACAGCCAUUAUACUUGGAUCGAUGUAACGUGCACAAUGGAUAGAAGGAUACCAUUAGUGUUUGUCUUUGUGCUCAUAACCGUGGCAGUUGACGGCUUUGAAUGUUAUGAAUGCUUCGAUUACCCUACUGAAUCACAUCAAGAUUUAGAAAAUUAUGGCGGUGACACGAAAUAUCGAAGCCGUAGAGCGGCUAUAAAAGCAAUUUUAACUGAUGAAUCAACGGCGGAGCCCUCUACCACCACAACGUCCGAGCCUUCGACAACUACAACGCUCGAGCCCUCUACAACCACAACGGCUGAGCCCUCUACCACCACAACGUCCGAGCCCUCGACAACUACAACGCUCGAGCCCUCUACAACCACAACAUCCGAGCCCUCGAAGACCACAACGUCGGAGCCCUCGACAACUACAACGCUCGAACCAUCAACAACUACAACACUCGAGCCCUCCACAACCACAACGUCGGAGCUCUCGACAACUACAAUGCUCGAGCCCUCUACGACCAUAACAUCCGAGCCCUCGACAACCGCAACGUCGGAGCCCUCGACAACUACAACGCUCGAGCCCUCUACAACCACAACGUCGGAGCCCUCGACAACUACAACGCUCGAGCCAUCAACAACUACAACGCUCGAACCCUCUUCAACCACAACGUCCGAGCCCUCGACAACUACAACGCUCAAGCCCUCUACAACCACAACAUCCGAGCCCUCGACAACCACAACGUCGGAGCCCUCGACAACUACAACGCUCGAACCCUCUUCAACCACAACGUCCGAGCCCUCGACAACUACAACGCUCGAGCCCUCUACAACCACAACGUCUGAGCCUUUGAUAACUACAACGACUGAGCCCUCUACGACCACAACGUCUGAGCCCACGACAACUACAACGCUCAAACCCUCUUCAACAACAACGUCCGAGCCCUCGACAACUACAACGCUCGAGCCCUCUACGACCACAACAUCCGAGCCCUCGACGACCACAACGUCGGAGCCCUCUACAACCACAACAUCCGAGCCCUCGACAACCACAACGUCGGAGCCCUCGACAACUACAACGCUCGAGCCCUCUAUAACCACAACGUUGGAGCCCUCGACAACUACAACGCUCGAGCCAUCAACAACUAUAACACUCGAGCCCUCUACAACCACAACGUCGGAGCCCUCGACAACUACAACGCUCGUACCCUCUACGACCACAACAUCCGAGCCCUCGACGACCACAACGUCUGAGCCCUCGACAACUACAACGCUCGGGCCCUCUACAACCACAACGUCUGAGCCUUUGAUAACUACAACGACUGAGCCCUCUACGACCACAACGUCUGAGCCCUCGACAACUACAACGCUCGAACCCUCUUCAACCACAACGUCCGAGCCCUCGACAACUACAACGCUCGAGCCCUCUACGAUCACAACAUCCGAACCCUCGACAACCACAACGUCGGAGCCCUCGAAAACUACAACGCUCGGGCCCUCUACAACCACAACGUCUGAGCCUUUGAUAACUACAACGACUGAGCCCUCUACGACCACAACGUCUGAGCCAUCGACAACUACAACGCUCGAACCCUCUUCCACCACAACAUCCGAGCCCUCGACGACCACAACGUCGGAGCCCUCGACAACUACAACGCUCGGGCCCUCUACAACCACAACGUCUGAGCCUUUGAUAACUACAACGACUGAGCCCUCUACGACCACAACGUCGGAGCCCUCGACAACUACAACGCUCGAGCCCUCUACAACCACAACAUCCGAGCCCUCGACAACCACAACGUCGGAGCCCUUGACAACUACAACGCUCGAACCCUCUUCAACCACAACGUCCGAGCCCUCGACAACUACAACGCUCGAGCCCUCUACGAUCACAACAUCCAAGCCCUCGACAACCACAACGUCGGAGCCCUCGACAACUACAACGCUCGAGCCCCCCACGAUCACAACAUCCGAGCCCUCGACAACCACAACGUCGGAGCCCUCGACAACUACAACGCUCGAACCCUCUACGACCACAACAUCCGAGCCCUCGACGACCACAACGUCUGAGCCCUCGACAACUACAACGCUCGGGCCCUCUACAACCACAACGUCUGAGCCUUUGAUAACUACAACGACUGAGCCCUCUACGACCACAACGUCUGAGCCCUCGACAACUACAACGCUCGAGCCCUCUAUAACCACAACGUUGGAGCCCUCGACAACUACAACGCUCGAGCCAUCAACAACUAUAAUACUCGAGCCCUCUACAACCACAACGUCGGAGCCCUCGAAAACUACAACGCUCGAGCCCUCUACAACCACAACGUCUGAGCCUUCGACAACAACAACGUCCGAGCCCUCGACAACAACAACGCUCGAGCCCUCUACGACCACAACAUCCGAGCCCUCGACGACCACAACGUCGGAGCCCUCUACAACCACAACAUCCGAGCCCUCGACAACCACAACGUCGGAGCCCUCGACAACUACAACGCUCGAGCCCUCUAUAACCACAACGUUGGAGCCCUCGACAACUACAACGCUCGAGCCAUCAACAACUAUAACACUCGAGCCCUCUACAACCACAACGUUGGAGCCCUCGACAACUACAACGCUCGAGCCCUCUACAACCACAACGUCUGAGCCUUCGACGACCACAACGUCUGAGCCCUCGACAACUACAACGCUCGGGCCCUCUACAACCACAACGUCUGAGCCUUUGAUAACUACAACGACUGAGCCCUCUACGACUACAACGUCUGAGCCCUCGACAACUACAACGCUCGAACCCUCUUCAACCACAACGUCCGAGCCCUCGACAACUACAACGCUCGAGCCCUCUACGAUCACAACAUCCGAGCCCUCGACAACCACAACGUCGGAGCCCUCGAAAACUACAACGCUCGGGCCCUCUACAACCACAACGUCUGAGCCUUUGAUAACUACAACGACUGAGCCCUCUACGACCACAACGUCUGAGCCAUCGACAACUACAACGCUCGAACCCUCUUCCACCACAACAUCCGAGCCCUCGACGUCCACAACGUCGGAGCCCUCGACAACUACAACGCUCGGGCCCUCUACAACCACAACGUCUGAGCCUUUGAUAACUACAACGACUGAGCCCUCUACGACCACAACGUCGAAGCCCUCGACAACUACAACGCUCGAGCCCUCUACAACCACAACAUCCGAGCCCUCGACAACCACAACGUCGGAGCCCUUGACAACUACAACGCUCGAACCCUCUUCAACCACAACGUCCGAGCCCUCGACAACUACAACGCUCGAGCCCUCUACGAUCACAACAUCCAAGCCCUCGACAACCACAACGUCGGAGCCCUCGACAACUACAACGCUCGAGCCCCCCACGAUCACAACAUCCGAGCCCUCGACAACCACAACGUCGGAGCCCUCGACAACUACAACGCUCGAACCCUCUACGACCACAACAUCCGAGCCCUCGACGACCACAACGUCUGAGCCCUCGACAACUACAACGCUCGGGCCCUCUACAACCACAACGUCUGAGCCUUUGAUAACUACAACGACUGAGCCCUCUACGACCACAACGUCUGAGCCCUCGACAACUACAACGCUCGAACCCUCUUCAACCACAACAUCCGAGCCCUCGACGACCACAACGUCGGAGCCCUCGACAACUACAACGCUCGGGCCCUCUACAACCACAACGUCUGAGCCUUUGAUAACUACAACGACUGAGCCCUCUAUGACCACAACGUCUGAGCCCUCGACAACUACAACGCUCGAGCCCUCUAUAACCACAACGUUGGAGCCCUCGACAACUACAACGCUCGAGCCAUCAACAACUAUAAUACUCGAGCCCUCUACAACCACAACGUCGGAGCCCUCGAAAACUACAACGCUCGAGCCCUCUACAACCACAACGUCUGAGCCUUCGACAACAACAACGUCCGAGCCCUCGACAACUACAACGCUCGAGCCCUCUACGACCACAACAUCCGAGCCCUCGACGACCACAACGUCGGAGCCCUCUACAACCACAACAUCCGAGCCCUCGACAACCACAACGUCGGAGCCCUCGACAACUACAACGCUCGAGCCCUCUAUAACCACAACGUUGGAGCCCUCGACAACUACAACGCUCGAGCCAUCAACAACUAUAACACUCGAGCCCUCUACAACCACAACGUUGGAGCCCUCGACUACUACAACGCUCGAGCCCUCUACAACCACAACGUCUGAGCCUUCGACAACUACAACGGCUGAGCCCUCUACCACCACAACGUCCGAGCCCUCGACAACUACAACGCUCGAGCCCUCUACGACCACAACAUCCGAGCCCUCGACGACCACAACGUCGGAGCCCUCGACAACUACAACGCUCGGGCCCUCUACAACCACAACGUCUGAGCCUUUGAUAACUACAACGACUGAGCCCUCUAUGACCACAACGUCGGAGCCCUCGACAACUACAACGCUCGAACCCUCUUCAACAACAACGUCCGAGCCCUCGACAACUACAACGCUCGAGCCCUCUACGACCACAACAUCCGAGCCCUCGACGACCACAACGUCGGAGCCCUCGACAACUACAACGCUCGGGCCCUCUACAACCACAACGUCUGAGCCUUUGAUAACUACAACGACUGAGCCCUCUAUGACCACAACGUCUGAGCCCUCGACAACCACAACGUCGGAGCCCUUGACAACUACAACGCUCGAGCCCUCUACAACCACAACGUCUGAGCCUUCGACAAUUACAACGCUCGAGCCCUCUACAACCACAACGUUUGAGCCUUCGACAACUACAACGCUCCAGCCCUCUACCACCACAACGUCCGAGCCCUCGACAACUACAACGCUCCAGCCCUCUACAACCACAACAUCCGAGCCCUCGACAACCACAACGUCGGAGCCCUUGACAACUACAACGCUCAAACCCUCUUCAACAACAACGUCCGAGCCCUCGACAACUACAACGCUCGAGCCCUCUACGACCACAACAUCCGAGCCCUCGACGACCACAACGUCGGAGCCCUCUACAACCACAACAUCCGGAGCCCUCGACAACCACAACGUCGGAGCCCUCGACAACUACAACGCUCGAGCCCUCUAUAACCACAACGUUGGAGCCCUCGACAACUACAACGCUCGAGCCAUCAACAACUAUAACACUCGAGCCCUCUACAACCACAACGUCGGAGCCCUCGACAACUACGACGCUCGAACCCUCUUCAACUACAACGUCCGAGCCCUCGACAACUACAACGUCGGAGCCCUCGACAACUACAACGCUCGAACCCUCUUCAACCACUACGUCCGAGCCCUCGACAACUACAACGCUCGAGCCAUCAACAACUACAACGCUCGAACCCUCUUCAACCACAACGCUCCGAGCCCUCGACAACUACAACGCUCGAACCCUCUACGACCACAACAUCCGAGCCCUCGACGACCACAACGUCAGAGCCCUCGACAACUACAACGCUCCAGCCCUCUACAACCACAACGUCUGACCCUCUUCAACCACAACGUCCGAGCCCUUGACAACUACAACGCUCGAGCCAACAACAACUACAACGCUCGAAUCCUCUUCAACCACAACGUCCGAGCCCUCGACAACUACAACGCUCGAACCCUCUACGACCACAACAUCCGAGCCCUCGACGACCACAACGUCAGAGCCCUCGACAACUACAACGCUCGAGCCCUCUACAACCACAACCGUCGGAGCCCUCGACAACUACAGCGCUCGAGCCCUCUACAACCACAACGUCGGAGCCCUCGACAACUACAACGCUCGAGCCAUCAACAACUACAACGCUCGAACCCUCUUCAACCACAACGUCCAAGCCCUCGACAACUACAACGCUCGAGCCAUCAACAACUACAACGCUCGAACCCUCUUCAACCACAACGUCCGAGCCCUCGACAACUACAACGCUCGAGCCCUCUACGACCACAACAUCCGAGCCCUCGACAACCACAACGUCGGAGCCCUCGACAACUACAACGUUCGAACCCUCUACAACCACAAACGUCUGAGCCUUUGAUAACUACAACGGCUGAGCCCUCUACCACCACAACGUCUGAGCCCUCGACAGCUACAACGCUCGCACCCUCUACAACCACAACGUCCAAGCCCUUGACAACUACAACACUCGAGCCCUCUACAACCACAACAUCCGAGCCCUCGACAACCACAACGUCGGAGCCCUCGACAACUACAACGCUCGAGCCAUCAACAACUACAACACUUGAGCCCUCUACAACCACAACAUCCGAGCCCUCGACAACCACAACGUCGGAGCCCUCGACAACUACAACGUUCGAGCCCUCUGCAACUACAACGUCUGAGCCUUUGAUAACUACAACAGCUGAGCCCUCUACCACCACAACGUCUGAGCCCUCGACAGCUACAACGUCUGAGCCUUUGGCAACUACAACGGCCGAGCCAUCAACAACUACAACACUCGAGCCCUUGACAACUACAACGGCCGAGCCAUCAACAACUACAACACUCCAACCAUCGACAACUACAACACUUAAGCCCUCUACAACCACAACGUCUGAGCUUUCGACAACUACAACGCUCGAGCCAUCAACAACUACAACGUCGGAGCCCUCGACAACUACAACGCUCGAGCCCUCUACAACCACAACGUCCGAGCCCUCGACAACUACAACGCUCGAGCCCUCUACAACCACAACGGCGGAGCCUUCGACAACUACAACGCUCGAGCCCUUUACAACCACAACGGCGGAGCAUUCGACAACUACAACGCUUGAGCCCUUUACAACCACAACGUCUGAGCCUUCGACAACUACAACCCUCGAGCCCUCGACAACUACAACAAUCGAGCCCUCUACAUCCACAACGUCUGAGCCUUCGACAACUACAACGCUCGAACCAUCGAUAACUACAACGGUUGAGCCAUCAACAAUUACAACACUCGAGCCCUCUACAACCACAACGGCGGAGCCUUCGACAACUACAACGUUCGAGCCAUCUACAACCACAUCGUCCGAGCCCUUGUACAACUACAACGCUCGAACCCUCUACAACCACAACGUCCGAGCCCUCGACAACUACAACGCUCCAGCCCUCUACAACCACAACGCUCGAGCCCUCUACAACCACAACGUCCGUGCCAUUAACAACUGCAAUUCUCGAACCAUCGACUUCUACAACGGCCGAGCCAACAACUACAACACUCAAGUCCUCUACAACCACAACGUCCGAGCCCUCAACAACUACAACGCUCGAGCCCUCUACAACCACAACGUCUGAGCCUUCGACAACUACAAUGGCUAAGCCCUCUACCACCACAGCGGCUGAGCCAUCGACACCUUCAACGCUCGAGCCAUCGACAACUACAACGCUUGAGC